AUGGAUCAUGCAGUCAGUAACCCUAAUGGGAAAAUUUGGGUUUUUUGGUCUAAUGAAGUAACUGGUCAUAUUCUGGAAAAGCAUGCUCAGCACAUCACUAUUACUUUUAAGCACACAAAUAUUUCUGAGAAAUUUAUGAUGUCCUUUAUCUAUGCUAAAUGUAAGGAUUAUAUGAGGAGAUCCUUGUGGGACAGACUAAUCUUUUAUGCUAAUAUGGAUUUACCUUGGUGUACAAUUGGAGAUUUCAAUGUUAUCACUUCUAUAGAGGAGAAGCUUGGGGGAAUACCUUAUAAUAUGAAUAAGAGUUUUGACUUUAUUGGAGUGAUAGAGUGCAAUCAAAGAGAUGCAGAUGCUAGAGUUUGGAAGAGAUUAGAUAGGUCUAUGGUUAAUGAUAAAUGGAUAGAGGUUAUGCCUCAAAUUACUAUAGAGAAUCUAUCUUCUGUUGGUUCAGAUCACAGUCCCCUGCUAAUGGAAAUGACUAAGGUUAAUGAGAACCACAUCAAAUACUUCAAAUUCUUACAUUUUUGGGUCGACAAUGAAACUAUUUUGAAAACAGUACAACAAUGCUGGGAAAAAGGAGUUACUGGCAACCCAAUGUGGAAAUUACAUCAGAAAUUGAAGAGAGUAACAACUACCCUUAGUAACUGGUCUAAACUAGAGUAUGGAGAUAUCUUUCGUAAGGUCAAGGAGUUUGAAGAAACUAUCAGGAAUUCUGAAGCAGAACUUAUGACAAACAACAAUGCAGUUUCUGGUCUUAAACAAAAGACACAACUUCAAUGGUUUAAAGAUGGUGAUGCUAAUACCAAGUACUUUCAUGCUUUGAUGCGAGGUAGAAGAAGGAGGUUAUUUUUACAUAAAAUUUGUACUGCAAAUGAGGUGUGGAUACAGGGUGAGGAACACAUUACUCAGGCAACCUGUGACUAUUAUCAACAAAUGUUUACUGGUCCUACUGAUAGAAUUGAUGAAAGAAUUCUUCAAUUCAUACCUACAACAGUCACUCUUGAACAGAGUGAGAUGUUGCAAGCAAUGCCUAGUAUAGAGGAACUCAGACAAGUUGUGUUUUCUAUGAACCCAAACUCAGCUGCAGGACUUGAUGGUAUAGGAGGUAAAUUUUAUCAAUCUUGUUGGGGUAUUAUUAAAGAAGAUUUGUUGGCAGCUGUACAAUCUUUCUUUUGUGGUAACAUUAUGCCUAAGUUCAUGUCUCAUACAUGCUUGGUUUUGAUUCCAAAAACUGAACAGCCUACAAGAUUCACUGAUCUUCAACCUAUCAGUCUUAGUAAAUUUACCAACAAGAUAAUUUCAAAAUUUUUGAGCAUGAGAUUGGCUACUGUUCUGCCUUUAUUGCUGUCAGACAAUCAGUGUGGGUUUGUAAGAGGUAGAAGUAUUACAGAAAGUAUCAUGUUAGCACAAGAAAUUACUCAUGGUAUUAAAAAACCAAACACAGGUAAGAAUGUGGUUAUCAAACUUGAUAUGACCAAGGAAUAUGAUAGAGUGUCUUGGGCAUUCACAUGUUUGGUCCUAAGGAAAUUUGGUUUUGGGGAGAUAUUUAUUGAUUUAGUUUGGUGA